GCCCCAGCGCCAUAUGGGGCCUGAGAGAAACCAUGGCUGCGGCAGCAUUGUAAUUUGAGCUACACGAGUACAUAUCAGAGUUCCUCGCUUGAUUUUGCUUGCUGAGGCGCUCUUUGCAGUAGUGAUCCAUUGCAGGCUACUGCAUGGAACAUUAUUGCUGGAGUCUACUCCAUGGCGGCUGCUUUGCACUUGGAGAGAGGCUGCUUGAAAGCCUGGGCUCAUGCAGGGGCUCGAGAGGCUAGGAUGAGUAGCACGUUGUAUGCUCGUCCUGCUGCAUCAAUCUGCAACAGGGCGUCAACGUCAGUCCUUGUGGAAAGAUCUCCAGCAGCUUGCAUGUCAACUGCCUCAUUGGGAAUGAUGCCCAGUACCCAAAUACCAAGCGGAGAACGUAGUGAUCCAAGAAGUAUUGCAGCAGCUUGUGGGACAUUGUUUUCUAGACUGACGCAGCCAAAGCUUUCUGCAUUGAAGAGGGGUGAAUUUGCACCACCACCUAGAAAACACCUCAUAGGUCCUCCAGGAGCAGCAUCAGUUGAUACUCCUGUAGUCCUGCAAGACUUUGCGAGCCAGCAGCUGCACAAAGGCAUUCAAAGGAGAUCUCUGACAGUCUGUGGUUCUGCACCAAACAAUCAGAUAGCGGAUGGAUUCUUGACACCAGGGCCUGCACCAACUGAGAAAGGGUCAGAUCUUAUAUUCAUUGGCACGGGGACAAGUGAAGGCGUCCCACGAGUCAGCUGCCUGACGGACCCAGAGCGUCAAUGCCAGAUCUGUUCAGAUGCGGCUCGGCCUGGGAGCAGAAACAGGAGGAGGAACACGAGCCUGAUGAUUCGUUAUGAGCAUCCCGAUGGUCGGAGGAGGAACAUUCUGAUUGAUGCGGGCAAGUUCUUCUACCAUAGUGCCCUGCAAUGGUUCCCGCAACUCGGGAUCAGACAACUAGACGCCCUUGUAAUUACGCACAGCCACGCUGAUGCAAUAGGAGGACUCGACGACCUGCGAGACUGGACGAACAACAUCCAAGACAAGGUUCCUAUCUAUGUAGCACCACGCGACCUCGAGGUGAUGGGCAGGACGCACUACUAUCUUGUGGACCCGAGCGUCAUCACCAAGGGCACCGCCGUGUCUACGCUGGACUUCAAAAUCAUGCCUGAGACGCCCUUUUCGGUUCAAGGCCUACAAAUAACUCCGCUACCCGUCUGGCAUGGGAAAGGAUACAAAUCGCUUGGGUUUCGCUUUGGAAACAUCUGCUACAUAAGUGACGUCAGCAAGAUACCCGAGGAAACGUACCCGCUUCUCCAAAAUUGCGAUCUGCUCAUUCUUGAUGCUCUGCGGCCUGAUGGCGGCAGCAGUACGCACUUCACUCUCCCGGAGUCACUUGACGAGGUGCGGAAGAUCAGGCCGCGACGGACUUUGUUUACAGGCAUGAUGCACAAUAUGGACCAUGACGAAAUCAACAAACAAUUGGCGUUGCUGCGAGAGAGCGAAGGUAUUGUAGCAGAGCUGAGUUACGACGGCAUGAGGAUACCUAUCUCCUUGUAACGUCGUCAAUAAUGGUCCUUCCCUUAGCCCAAGUUGUAAAGAGAGCUUCAUUAAGAUUCUUUGUCUGGGACACACUAUCCAGUCGGACUCCGUGGUUUUAUGAGGUAUAACAAACAUCAUGAUCUGGAGUUGGGUGCUUUUCUUCGAAAAGCACAACUGCUGAGCAGGAAGAGGAGAAUGCUUCUCCAACGACUGGGCCUUAUAUCUGGUGCUACGGUCUUGCAUUUUUGUUGAUAUCCAAGCUUCAUAAAUCUUAGGCUUACAA